AUGUCACCAAAAGCGGAAACAGCACCGGCAUCGCCUCGCUCUUCCUCGCCUCGAAUAUUCCAGAAUAAGGUUUUUCAUGUCCCAUUUUCGUUGAAUUGUCCCUGUAGGGGUCCUACUCCAGGUGCCUGCUGCAUCACUGCGCCUCUUGCGCAUAUCUGUGGCAGUCUGGUUCUCAGCCAAUCAACCUCAAGGCCGAUUCAGACAUACCCUCGCUUAAGGGCGCUGUGACGCAUGUCUCAUUGUCACGCGGGGCUCCCGCUCCGCGGCGCCAGACAAGUGUCCUCGCCGGUGGUCAUCUUGUUCCAACCCGUUCUCCGAUCAUUCUAGCGUCCAACUUCUCCGCUUUCUAUUCGGACCAGGCCUGA